UCCUCUGCAGGCUGUGCGACGCCUCGCCGCCUGAUUUCUGCACGUCAAGCUGGGAGAGGCGCAAGAGACCGCUCGCCGGCCCCUUGUAAGCCGCAGGGAGCCCAGGGGCAUAAAACUGCAGUUGUUCCUGAAUUUGGUUUUGCUACUACAGAUAAUCUUGCCACACCAACUGCUGUCGGUAGCUGCUAUCUGCUUUUGGUUAGCAUAACAGACAUGUUCAACACACAGUAGAGUGCACGACUUCAGUGCAAAAGGACUUGUCCAGGAUGUUUUGUACUAAACUGAAAGACCUGAAGAUCACUGGAGAGUGUCCUUUCUCUUUGCUGGCCCAAAGUGGCAUUUCAGAUGAGCAUGAAGAAGACAGUACAGAAGUGCCAAACAGCUCCAAGGCUGUUUUGCCAAUCUGCAGAGAAAAAGAUACUCAUGGGAACCUUCCACAAAGGAAAACCAGCAGGAGCAAAGUGUAUCUGCACACUUUAGCUGAGAGCAUCUGCAAACUUAUCUUUCCUGAGUAUGAAAGGUUGUAUCUUGCAUUUCAGAGAACGCUAUCAAAACAUAAAAUACAAGAAAUCAGGAAUUCUGGGGAAGGAGAAGAUUUUGAAAAGCUAAUCAUGGUUCAUGCCAAUGCCACAGGAGUUCCAGUAAACAUUAUAAAGGAAUCUCUUGGUGAAGAGCUUUUCAAAAUAUGUUAUGAAGAAGAUGAAAACAUUCUACGAGUUGUUGGAGGGACUCUUAAAGACUUUCUGAACAGCUUCAGUACUCUUUUAAAGCAGAGUGGCCAUUGCCAAGAAGCAGAGAAAAAAGGGAGACUGGAGGAGGUCUCCAUACUGUGCUUGGAAAAGGACCCAGAUUUCUUAAAUGUCUACUAUUUCUUCCCUAAGAAAACAACUAGUCUCAUCCUCUCUGGCAUGAUUAAAGCAGCAGCUCAUAUUUUGUAUGAAACAGAAGUGGAAGUGAUGCUGAUGCCGCCCUGCUUCUGCAAAGACAGCGCCGAGUUCAUUAAUCAGCCAUAUUUGUUGUAUUCUGUACAAGUCAAAAGUGCAAAGCCGUCCUUAUCGCCUUGUAAGCCUCAGUCGUCUCUUGUGAUUCCUGCUUCUAUGUUCUGCAAGACUUUCCCAUUUCACUGCAUGUUUGACAAGGAUAUGGCAAUUCUUCAAGUUGGCAAUGGUAUAAGAAGACUGUUAAACAGGAGAGAAUUUCAGGCAAAGCCAAACUUUGAGGAGUGCUUUGAAAUCCUGUCCCCUAAAAUAAACUGCACAUUUAGUGGGAUCAUGACAAUGCUGAACAUGCAGUUUACUAUAAGAGUGAGAAGAGGGGGCAAUGUUCUUAAAAAGUCAACUGGGGUUAUGGACCUUAAAGGGCAAAUGAUCUACAUAUUUGAGUCCAGUGCUGUCUUGUUCUUGGGAUCUCCCUGUGUUGACAGGCUAGAAGAUUUUACAGGACGUGGCUUAUAUCUUUCAGAUAUUCCAAUUCAUAAUGCAUUAAGGGAUGUUGUUUUAAUAGGCGAGCAAGCCAGAGCUCAAGAUGGACUGAAGAAAAGACUGGGGAAGCUCAAAGCUACCCUUGAACAGGCGCACCAAGCCCUUGAAGAGGAGAAAAAGAAGACAGUCGAUCUUUUGUGUUCUAUUUUUCCAGGGGAGGUCGCCCAACAGCUGUGGCAGGGACAAGUUGUACAAGCCAAGAAAUUUAAUAAUGUCACAAUGCUUUUCUCUGACAUCGUAGGGUUCACUGCAAUCUGUUCCCAGUGCUCACCUAUGCAGGUUAUCACCAUGCUUAAUGAGCUGUACACUCGUUUUGAUUACCAAUGUGGAGAGCUGGAUGUCUACAAGGUAGAAACCAUUGGAGAUGCCUAUUGUGUUGCUGGAGGCUUGCACAAAGAAAGUGACACCCAUGCUGUUCAGAUAGCAUUAAUGGCUUUGAAGAUGAUGGAACUGUCAGAUGAAGUGAUGUCUCCGCAUGGAGAAGCCAUCAAGAUGCGUAUAGGUCUGCAUUCUGGAUCCGUCUUUGCCGGCGUUGUUGGUGUUAAAAUGCCACGAUAUUGUCUGUUUGGAAACAACGUGACACUUGCCAACAAAUUCGAGUCUUGCAGUGUCGCUAGGAAAAUAAAUGUCAGCCCAACGACCUACAGGUUGCUAAAGGAUUACCCAGGCUUUGUGUUUACUGCCCGUUCAAGAGAGGAACUUCCUCCCAAUUUUCCAAGUGAUAUUCCUGGGAUCUGUUACUUUCUUGAUGCUUAUCUUCAAGGAACAAAUACAAAGGCCUGGUUUCAAAAGAAGGAUUUUGAAGAUGGAAAAACAAAUUUCUUGGGAACAUCAACAGGUGUAGAUUAGAGUGUUUCUCCUUGUAUUUUCAAAUAGAUGAGUUAAUAUUUUGUGUUUUAUAUAAACUGAAAAUAAAAAAGAAACAUGACAGCACUUUAGCUCGUUAACACAUGAAAGCCAGUAUUAAAAUUUCAAAAAGCGCAUUACCUAUUUUAAAUUUUUAUUUUUUAUCAGAAAUAUAUUAAGUGAACUAUAUUUCAGUGUCUCUGUUUCAAAUGCUUUCUUAAAGCCCCCUUUAACUAUACCCAUUUGCAGAUGUUGUAUGGCCUCUAUUUUGGUUCUGUGUACUCAAAACAUUGGACACAUUGUGCACCAAACAUGUAAUGCCUCAGAUUUUAAUGCAAGCUGCAAGUUACACUGUUUGUGGGCAAGCAGCUUGGUUCUCUUUGUUAGAAGAGAAUCAGGAAAUGCUAUUGAGGUGCUUUGUUCUUUGUUCGCCCCUCACCAUCUGUCUGUUCCUGAGAAGGAGACAUUAUUUGACUUAUCCUUGGCAAAACAGCUUUUUUUGUAGAGGGAAGGAGGUAUUGGCUGGCCAGGCUUGCUCUUUUUUGUGAUACUACUAGUCUGCCAUAGUAACUUGGGCAGAACCAUUAGUCACACCACAUAAGUAAUUCCUCCCUUCUAAUAAAGAGCUCUCCUUUGAUAAGAGCUAUCCCCUUUCCAGAAUGGCAAAAAGUGUGAGGAGAGAGCAGGUCUUUCAUACCUCUCCAGCCUUCUUUGCCUUCGUGGACAGCUUAUAGAGAAAGCUUUUAGUAUUCCAGACAAGAAUAAUCAAGUGAUUGCCCUAAAAGCACUAUAGCACGUAGCUUGGCUUUUCAUGUAGAAGUAUUGCACACCCUGUACUGUGAACCAGUUGAAUGCCAAUUGCUAUUUAAAUGCAGUAUCUUAAUGACUUUAUACCAAAAAAAGCAGCCAGAAAUUAUUGGUGGCACAUGUUGUAGUCAUCACAUUCUUAAUAAAAAAAUAAUUGCCUGACUAUAUGUUAUACUUGCCAUAUGGAAUCUGUGCCCAUUGAAAGUUUGGAAAAUCACCCACCAGCAAACAGGUAGAAUAAGCUGAAGGAAGAGAAAUCGCUUACAUAAUGAAGAAGGUACCAUUGACUGCUGUCUAUAUGUGCUAUUUUCUCUCAUUUGUCUUCUUAUCUGCUAAGAGGAGGAACAGGGGCAAGCAUGCUCUAUACUGUGUUCCAUUGUUGAAAUUUGGAUGUGGGAUAAGAGCACUAUUGAAAUUAUGUGUUCAUAUAGAGCCAGUCUUGGCUUUCCGCAAACUCACUGGAGCAGGAUGUGCUUCUUAUAAGAUUCCAAUAGGCCUCAGCUUUGACUCAGCAGGGAGCAGGAGCACCCAUUCAGAAAUAGCUGCCCUAGUCAUAGGAGGAUACUUUGCUUAGAAUGUCAAAAUAUUUUCUGAUUGCUCUCUCAUGGCAGUCAUUUUGAGGUGGUCAAAGAUUCAACAGGGUAUGGGACACCUGUUUAGAGUCAGCUAUUCAAGGUCUGUCCCAGAGCAUCUCCCCUCUCUCGAUUCAUACCAGGGAAUGUAGUAAACGCUGUCUCUUCCUGCUUUCCCAGCUGCAAGACUCCCUGCAAUUGUUCUUACCCGUUCCUAUAUGUUAAAAGGAUUGCUUUCUAAUUCUUUUGGGCGCUCUGCUUCCUCCACUUUCCUGUCCAAAAUGCAGCUAUGAUGUGUGCUAUGAUGCAUCAAGAAAAUUAGUGACAAAGAGGAGAAGGUUUUUAUGCUAUGUAACACGUCAUAGCAGCAUAAGCCCUAUGUUUGAAGGCAUGGGAUGAAACCAGUGUCAUACAGAUUGUUCUACCCGCAACAGGGUAAAGUAGCCUAAAUUUUCCUAAAAUAUGGGGUAACCUGUAUCUCUGUUGUUGUAUCAUUUAGAUAUCAUUCUCUCCAUUGUUACCCAUUUCCUGAAAAAUACCCAUGUUAAAGAGAUGUCAAGUGGCUAAACACUUUAUUUAGUAUAAUUGUCAUCUGUUUUCAGUGCUAGUAUACAGAAUAUGACACUUACUGCUUCCUGGACUUCUUUCAUUAUGUAUAAAUUAAAUUUAUAUAUUAUAAAUUUAUAUUAUAAAUGUGUAAUAUACUGUAUAACCAAAUGUAAUCUAACAACAUUUUAAUUCUUGAAAUCAUGAAUUUCAUUUCAAGGUGGGGCAGAUAUUUCCCCUAUAAUGUAUUAUAGCAAUAAAUGUUUUUUUUCUCUUUUUAGUUAUUUAAUUAUAAGUGUUUAGAUUAAAGAUUAGAAAGUAAAAUGUUUCACCGUAUCAACCAUUUCUAAGCAUACCGCAUAAAAUUUGGCACAGAAACAUAUGAGGAAAUAAAAUGAGGUUCAAAUGAAAUUA